AUGCCAAAAAUGACGACAAUGAAGUUUCUUCUGCUGCUGAUGGUGGUUGAACUGACACUCCUUCAUCGCAGCGAAGGGAACCCUUUUUUUUUCUGGGCUCAUCAUAAACCCCAUUGCGACUCAAGUAGGCCACCAAGAAUUCAUUGGGCCAACCGAUGGCAACAAACUUUCGUGUACAGUUGUCCGAAGGGUAAGUUGAUUUGAAAACCCACUUUUAGGCCAAGUUAAAUGAAAACAAUUAACAAAAGUAAAAAACGACCAAAAACAAAACCAAACCAAAAAAUAGAGCAAAAAAAAAGUAAAUGUUUCUCGUCCGGAGUUUCUAUAGAGAAAAAGAGCGGACAGGUGCUUUUUUUGGUUGUUUCCUACGUUGUCAUUAUUGCCAAUUUAAUUCUUAAUAAUAACUAACUGAUGUACGAUUAAAAGAAAUGAUAAAUAACAAUGGUAGUAAUAAUAAUAAUAAUCAUAAUAACUAACACAUGAUAAAUUAAUUAUACGUCUUAGUACAGCAAAUAAGUCUUACUUGCUCCCUUAAAAUUGUCGAUAGUACCUGCUCUUUGCUCCUUCUUUUAUACAAAUUAUUACCGACCUCCUGGGGGAUAAGCUGGAGUUCUUUGGUCACUUUUAAUAAAUGAAACGUCAGAUACUAAUUAGACACAAAUUUUUGGUGUAUUUUGAUACAUGUUUAAAAACAACGUGAUGCGUCAUACAACUUCAGUAUAGGACUCAGUAUUUAACAAAUGCUUCGGUUUAUGAAAUGUAAGGCCUGCUUUGCAGGAUUGUAGAAUUGAAUGGGCCCUUUGCAACUAGCCAUUGGCGUGGUAGAAGACCGCCAUGCAGGAGAGCAAAAGUUGCAUUGGGACAAGACAAACAUAGGAAACUACCAUUUAUAAUUAUGAUGCCUUUUAUUUGUCUUGUCCUAGUGCGACUUUUGCUCUCCAGCAUGGAGGUGUUGUACCACGUGAAUGGCUAGCUGCAAAGAGCCUAUUGGCGUUGGAAGUAAUGCCUGUUGAUUCUUGUUCGUUUUUGCUUUUCCAAUAAAAACAAGAGAAGUGGUCCCAAAACAUGAGGCGGGUGGAACAAGAAACAAUAAUUUCUUUGUUUGUUUGUUUUUUUACAUGGCCUCACUACUCUUUUUCCCUUCAAGCUUCUCUUUCUUUUCAACACAGCAGCCCCUUUCUUGCUUUGCGUGAACUGAAACUUGACCCAGGCUUAAGAACCGUAUUUGAAAACCCUGUCUUUACUGCUCUGUCUCUCUCCUCCCCAGAGGUCUUUUUGUGUUGUAGGGAGGCGCGAUGGGAAGGGGAAAGAGCUUUCUAUUUUUCGAUUAUUGCUAUUUUUAUUGGGAUACCCAGCGGGAGCCUCUACGGAGGAGAGAGCUGCCCUGUAGCUGAUGGGUUUGUAAGUGCUGGAUCAUUCGUGCUGCAAGCAGUCGGACUUGCUUCAUAGUGACAUAAAAGGUUAUUAAUUAAAACGUUUCUAGGUUAUUCUUUGAGUCGCUGGUACAGCAUUCACAGGAACUGCAAAGAAGAUCGCAUCCAUCACUUUGAGUGCCGUAAAGUGAAUGAACCCGACAGCGCGCAUUGCAAGUGGACUUCUUAUGUAAACACUUAUGACAACCCUGUUAAAUUCAAAUGUGGGAACAAUGGCUUUGUAAGUGGAGUCAGAAGUGAGUACAGCUCCCAUCACAAAGAUCGCAGGUAACUUAUGAUUAUUACUGAGUUAAUUUUGGCUUUUUCUUCUUCUUCUUCUUCUUCUUCUUCUUACGGAUCUUCCGCAAGUUUCAAUUUACUUUUUGGUAAUUUCGCAUUUAAAAUUAAACAUUCCAGAUUUAAAAUUUUCAGGGUUUUUUUUUGUGUGUGCUAUCCUCUGGAUUUGCUUACUUUUUUCCUAUCCAUCUCCUCUGGGGACGUAGUCACGGGGUUUGGCAGAAUUGGUGCAGAGAGACCCUUUGCACUGUCCGCAGACAGGGGACAAGUAAUAGAUCAGUCCUCUUUAGCUUGUAUGUUUUGUUUUCCCAACUAGAGGUCCCAGGGGAACUUGCCCCUUGGUCUUUUCAUAAAUUAUGCGUUCAUAUGCCCGUGAAUAAAACGAAAUUUCAAAGAAACAGUUCUCUAGAGUAUUAUGACACAUGACCUGUGUGUAUUGGGAAAACAAAAGUUACAAGCUAAAGAGGUCUAUUGUAGAAGUACUGUAGUUCUAGUAUAGUACAUUUAUAGAUUUUACAUGCAAACAACUAGUGAGGGCCUAUCCAUUUACCUACCUAGUUUAUGAAAUUACUUUUUAACGAAAAAAAUAACAACUUCAAGACAAACAGCAGGAGGUAUUAAAUAUGCCUCCCUAGAGUAGAUAAUUCAAAGUUACAAAUACCAAUGAUAUACCUCGAAAAACUGAUUGACAACUAAGUAGUUUUUAAAACCCUCGAUUGCAAUUAACAUUUUGAAUGUUUCUUCAAUAUUAUAAGCCGUUGCAAUUGAUUCUAUAUUUUGUUGAAGUUUUUAUUUUUGUAGACUCCCAUUGGGGGCCAGUUAAUUUUUAAAAAAUAUUUUAAUUCUUUCAAUUCAGGUUCUGCUUCCUCUGCUGUAACAAGCCACGUUUGUUUCCACACGACUGUAAGAGCACUCCUCUUCAGAACAACUGGGACGCUGUACUGGACUACCGUGUUCCUAAUGGUUACACCUUGGCUGGUGUAAACAGUCACCAUGACAACAGUAAAGAGUAAGUACCACAGAGAUAUGUCGAUUAAAAAAAAUGGAUGGAAACAGUUCAGAUUGUGGGGACGGCGCGAACAGAUGUGAGCAGAAAAGACAGUGAGGAGAUGGAGUUGGGGGUGAGAGCUCCCUUACCUCGCGCCGCACUCCACUAUCUGAACGCCUAGAACGGGUUAAAAAGAAAAAAAAAAGAACAAAAAAAAAUCAACCCAAGUAAACACCUCUCUGUAUCAAGACCCGGUGGAAUCUAUAUCUUCACCGGUUCUCGGAGAAAAUGUCACCGGAAUGGCUUCUUUUCCACUGGUUGAUCUUUGUUAGUUAGUUAUCGCCCAUAAAAGCUAAAAGGGGUGGCAGGCCUUAAAUCUCUACCUGUGUGAAACCUUUGAAAUCCUUUUGCAUAUUGCUCAAACGAGAACUAUAAGAUUUACGCGAUUACCUGUUCCCUCCGAUUUCUUUCUUAUAUUUUUACUUCUUUUAAACAAAUGCGAAUAACGAAAUACACUGGCUUUGUAGAAUUCACAGUAAAAAGUGACAGGGGCAAAAAAUUAGCCGGGUAGGAACAAACUAUUCGCCAGGUAUCGGAAGGCUAAAUAAUCACCAGGUAGACUGAAUUAGACCACUGGGUAGGGUUUCACUGAGUCUGUUACAGAGGAGUGUACUAAAAGGUGCGUAAAAACGGGCAACAUAUACGUGCAACUUGUCUUGCAACAUUGUUGCAGAACAAGUUGAAUAGCGAUUUGGCGCAUUUUACCACCCACGUCAAACCUGUCUUGCAACAAAACAGCUUGUUAACAGGUUUUAACACGGGUGGUAAAACGCGCAACACUUGCUUAUUAACUUGUUCUUCAGUAAUGCUGCAAGACCAGUUGCACGUUUUUUUUGCCCGUUUUUACGCACCUUAAGGAAUGAAUAAUAUGAAACGGACAAAAGUUAAUUAAAUCAACUGAAAGUACACAAUUGAACUAAAAUGAAACAAAGCGAAAAGGAAAAAUGUUAAAUUGACGCACUGAACAAAUGAAACAAAGAAAAAAUAAACCAAACCAAUGACCAGGAUAACGGUUGUUCUGUAAACGCCGACUCACCAGUUCCCUCUUUUUUAAAUAUUUAACGUUCUCUGUUUUAUGUUUUGGUUAGGAAAAAACAAUAUGAAGUUAUAAAAGAACAUACCCCGACCCCGAACUAACCCAACCUCGUCCCCAGGGCGCUUUUUUUGAGGACGAGGUUGUACCUAACCUGCCAAGCGGUUUUUCUGAUGUGUUUUUCGUUUGUGGUUCGUUAAGGGCCUGUUAACAAGGAAAGAGGGUUACCCUUUUACUAGGGUUACCAUAGCAGGCGGGUUAAAGUUAACUCUGGUUUACAAGCAAAUUUCACAGGUAGGGUUACCCUACCACCCGGCUCAACUUUACAUGUCUGCGUGAUGGGAACAUUAACUGCCAACAUGUGAAAUCAUCAUUUUCGACCCCAUGCCAGAGCUCUUCUAGCUUCAUGCGCAGUCAGCUAAGGAUCUGGUGACGAGAUUGGUGAAAUCAUGUGAACCACCUUGAAUCACCACCAGGGCCCAGUUGUUUGAAGGCCGAUUAGCUCCAGCCUGAGGUUAAACUUUAAUCCGGCUUUCUUUGUGUUUUAUUCGAAAGCUUUUUCUGGGCAAUUUUUCGCGAUUCUUUUAAGUUCAUCCAAUCAUCAUAUUGUAGACAAAAAGAACUAAACUGAAUUUGCUUUUUAACCUUUCAUAUCUCAAUUCAAAUUUCGCUCAAUCCCCGGGUUAUCGAUCUUGAACCCAUCUUUAAAAAACUCGAACCAGGCUGGUAUUUUUUUUCCCUAUUGUGCAAACUAAACCCUUUGUAAACUUUUUCUAGGAAUAAGCUGAAUACUACUAAAUACUCGUAUUAGCUACAAUCGAUUUUUUUCCUUCAGAAAAAUAACAAGAACCUAUUUAAGAACCUAAAAAGCUUAAAUUUGUGCUAAUUACCAUUUAUGUAUGACCAUGUUUAGGCUAACUUGGAAAAAUGCAAGUUCUACGCGCUCACAGGGUGCCCCAAAGAGUACUGUGCACAUUACUCUGGGAAGGUCCGCAGUGCCCAUAUCAGACAAAUAAUUAACUCUUUGUUGCAGGACAGGCUCUUUCCUAAUUCUGUAUAUUUUAUAAAUAAGUCAUUUUCUUUAUAGAAUACAGCGUUUUACCUUUAAAACUUUCAUCUGAAGCUUUGCUUCCUUUUUAAUCUUUAGGGAUCGUCGCUGGGCAUUUGAGAUCUGCAAGUUUCUUAGCUGUCAGUGAGCCGAAACGAUGGGAUUUAACAGCCAGACAUGUGUAGAUAACUCUAAACCAUGACGUUCUAAUGAAGAGAAAUCCAACAGCCUCCUAUUUUUCGUUUUAUAUUCCUAUCCUAUCAUUAAAUCGUUAAAUCAAUAUAGUUAAGUUAAUGCCUAGUAAUGAUUUUUUCUUUUUUAGACAAUAC